ACUAGCGAUGGAUAGUCUUAUGAAGACCUAUCUUAUGGCUAUAAUCUUCAUUGUUUACAUACAAACAGAUGGAGAUGUAGUGAUGGCUUCAAUGGUUUGCGCCUAUUCUAAGCCACAGGCGGACAGAUCUGUAAGAUCUGUGACAACAGAUAAGAGCACAGAAUCUAUUGAUUCCAAUGAAGAGCUCAAUAACCAAAACGAAACGGUGAUUGAGUGUCCGGCCGACCAGAACUCGUGUUACACGUUAUGGAGAUAUAAUCCAAUCGAUCCGACAAAUGCUAGUCUUUAUGUAAUUCUGGCCAAAGGAUGUUGGGAUACGUCCACAAACACCGAGUGUCAAACCGAACAGUGCUUUUCAUAUAAAAAGCCCGUCGAGGCUCUAAACCAUACAAAAUUUUGUUGUUGUUUCGGCCCUCUUUGCAACGCCAACCUAUCGGCCGAUAGUUAUUUCAAUACACAUCAACCCAUACAACCAUUUGCCAGAUAUUCUAAUGAAAAUGAGAAGAAUAUAUCAAACAAAGCAGUUAUGGUCGCCUGUAUGGCAGCUCUGAUUAGUAUUGUGUUACUUGUGUUGGGAUUUACU